GCAUACACGUCUUGUCAGGUUCCACCGUUUUUUAACAUACGGAGAAAGUCAUAUACUUGCCAAAUGCCAUUGCUUCUCGGUCCACAUUUCUUGCAACUGGAGACUCCAAAUACCAGAACUAACAGAAAAACCAAAGUAUUUAGCUUUUUUGGGUUGAGAGUGGAGGUAUGGGAAGACUGUUUGUGCUGAGUCUUGAGGGGAAGAUCUAUAGCUGCAAGCACUGCCGGACCCAUCUUGCUCUUUAUGAAGACAUAGUUUCCAAGUCUUUCCAGUCCAGGCAUGGGAAGGCUUAUCUCUUUGGUAAAGUAGUGAACGUAACUUGUGGAGAGACUGAAGAGAGAGCCAUGAUGACCGGGUUGCACACUGUCGCCGACAUUUUCUGUGUUGGGUGUGGGUCAAUAGUGGGGUGGAAAUAUGAAACUGCUCAUGACAAGAGCCAGAAGUACAAGGAAGGAAAAUCCGUCCUCGAGCGGGUCAAGAUAUCAGGUCCUGAAGGAAACAAUUAUUGGGUCAGCCAUGGAGGGCAUAUUGGUGGCAGCGAUGCAGAUGAUGUUUGAUUGACAUUCAAGACUUCAAUAUUCGACUGUACAUUCUCCAAAUCUCACUGUUCUUUCGUCAAUCAUGUACAAUAUCAAACUGUCAUUGCUGUCAAUUUCAGCUAAUUCUAUGCGUUUACCUUUAAUAACAUCAAUGUAAAACAUUUGAUUGUUAAUUGUGAUUCAGUUUGUAUUCAAGUC